UUACUCUCUCAGUUAAGUAAACAGUUCAUUAGCGCAGUAAUUGAAGUAGCUGAAAAGAAAUGUCUGAACUCAUCUUACAGGACAACAGCUGCUGUGCUACCUGCCUUGGACCAAAUGGAUAGAUAGAGAUACUUUAUUUAUCUAGAAGGAAAUUAAGGAAAAAUACCCAGUGUAGUUUAUAGGCCCUUAUCCUGUGAUUUUCACUUUAGACACAUCAGGUGGGGAUUACUCCACUGUUGUCUGUCUGGGGUCUGACUAAGGCAAGUAUUACUACAGACUUAUUUAUUAUUAGACCGAGACAGACCCAAGAAGAUACUACACUCAACCAGACAAGAAUAGAACAGAUGCUUACCUCACAAUCUGAUCUGUUUUGCAUUGCCUGUUACUAGAAGUGAGCUUUUGUUUGACCUGUGCAGGUCAACCUCUGCUGUCUUUUUGACUUCACCACCAGUGUUGGCGAAAUGUCAAACCCCUUACAGGACAGACGUUGUUCUAAGAGUGAACAAUAGCAUUUACAGCAGACAAUCUGUCACAAACAGAGAACGGAAACAGCAGAGAGAGUCAAUCACGGUAGGUGUGAUUCCAAGACUAAACCUUGCCGACCUUUCACACUCGCACCUUGACCUCCCAUUCCUGAUGGAAUCUGGUCCCUGUCAAAGUGAAUUUCAGCGGAUUAAGUCGCAGUGAAAGACCACCUGGCACCCGCUGAGCUGACCUGGAGCGUCAGGAUACACACAUAUCCCCGCAUCAAUCCCCACCACAGUGGCACGCCACGCACUCGGACAAACUCACCGGCACAGACCAGACAGACCAGACUGUCAUCCUGACCUGCUUUUUGGUUCUGGUGGUGGACAGGUUUUGCUUUUGCAAAGAUGUUAUUCAGAAUGGUACUUUUUGUCCAUGGCGAGUGCUUCUCUUGCUAUGUCACUCCCAUUAUAACUAGGACUAUCUGGCUGGGAUAUAGGUUAAUGCAGCACAACUGAAAGACAAUGUGAUGUAAUACAGUUUAAGUGAUUUAAUAUAUCAACUGAAAUGUGUAUUGAGAUUACAAUUAUUAGUCAAUGUAUUUACAAUGAAAACAAAAAAACAGGGACAUGUAACACGUGGAAACAGGAGAAUCAGUAGGGGGCUAUUUCUGUGCUAGAUUUGCUAUACAGUAUAUAACCAUUAUCCAUGAUAUCAUGAGCAUAUCAUGAACUGCUAUACGUUGCAGGGAUUAGAUCCUAUUUUGACCACAGAUUAUACUCUGAAUUAUGGAAUUACAUCAAUAGUAAUUAUAAUGUCACUUCACACUAAAAUAGAUCAUUAUAGGAGCCCAUAGGCUUAUAGCUGCUCAGUGUCCACACAUUGUUUCAAGAUGGCAAUUACAAUAUAUCACUGACUUCUGUAGUGGCUCACUUCAAGGGCUUAACCAAUAGGAUUAGAGGGCAAACAGAUCUUGUAAAGUCCUAUCUGCUUAUCUGCACUGGAGCUGUCUUCAGUAGAGAAGGAGCUUCCCUUAGGAAACAGGGGACAACCCCCUGAAAAGAAAUGGAAUAAAGAGUAAUAUGGUUUGCAUAGAUUUUCGGGCCAUGCAAUUUUGUGUAUGGGAAGUUGCCUAUCAACACUAUAUUAAAGAGCUCAGAAGAAGGUAUAGGUAAAAUAGAAGUUUUUUGAGAAUUGAGUGUUUCGGAGUAUAGCUCUACAAUGCCAGGCCUUUCUUGGAUUUCUUGGAUGUUGACGGUGGCGGUUUUAACAGGAGUCUUUCACAUCUUCACAGGUAGGUAUUGCCACAUUCUCACCUGUAUCAUCGAACCAAACCAUGUGGAGUUUGAGCAACAUCUCACUUUUCCUUUCCUGUUUUUAGAUGCUUCGGGUGGAAUUCAUGUGGACACUUUGUUACAGAGAUACGACCAGGCAAACUCUUUGGAUACCACUCGAGCUUUAUUGACUCAGUCAAUUUCAAAGGCCCAUACAUAUAAUGAGAGAGGGGCAUUAUCCCGAAGAAAACGAGAUAUAUUGUUCCCUAAUGGAGUUAAACUUUGUUCUCAAGAAACCGUUCAGCAAGUAAUAGAUAAUCACCUGAGCUACUUUCACCUAAGAGUGUGUCAGGAGACUGUGUGGGAGGCCUUCAAGAUCUUCUGGGACCGUCUGCCAGAGCGAGAUGAAUACCAGGUCUGGAUGGACAGAUGCCAAGAUGGCAGCGCCAGUGUGUUUGAUAUUGGCAGAGGUUUCAGCCAGUCAGAGGAGCAUCUCACCCUUGUGCAAAACAGAGUGUUAAUGGCUUCAUCCACUAGACCAGACUCAACUGCUUCUCCAAAAGAGGAAACCAUCCAAACCACCACUUUGGAAGACAUACAGAUGGUGGUGACAGACCUUGAAGGGGACAGUGCUCCAGACCCCCCUUUAGAAACAGAAGUAGAGCAGGCCACUCCAGAGCCUGCAGCAGAGGAGGUCAGUGAGGGGCCUAUUGCUGGCACUGAUCUCCAUGAAACACCUGAGGACACUGAUGCGAUAAGUCCCGAGACCACAGAGGAGGCUGUCGAGCAAGCUGCUGUUGAGGAGAUAAGCCCGGUGGAUAUCUCAGAGAAAGCUGAGGAUGCUGUUAAGGACGUCGUCCCAGAUGUCACUGCGGAAGCCUCUGAGGAAGAGAUAACCGAGGAAACGCCGGAGGACACAGAGGCAGUUGGUGAAGAGGUCUCUGAGGAGGUCUCUGAUGACGAUAGAGGCGUGUUGAAGACAGCUGAGGAAGCAGAUUCUGAGGGUGCAUACGGCGCUCCAGAGGUUGGUGAGGUCAUUGUUGAGGCUGAGGAGGAAACAGCAGAGCCUACAGAAGGCAUACAUGAGGAGGCCGUUUCACCUGAAGAGGAUACGGCAAUAGAAGAAUCACCUGAUGAAGGAGAAGAGGAAUCAAUAGAGGAAGUGGUACCUUCAGAGGAGACAGUUGAAGAGGUUGUAAUUGAGUCGGAAUUACCUGAACAGGUUGUAACUGAGGAGGCAAUACCAGAGGAAAUUGAAACUGUGGAAGAAGAACCUGAGGAGACUGUAACUGAAGUGGAAGAACCUGAAGAGUCUGUAACAGAAGAAUUACCUGAGGAAGCUGUCCAUGAGGAGGAAUCACCUGAGGAGGUUGUGCCUAUUGAAGACGACUUACCUGAAGUAGGCGUAGAAGAAGAACAAGAUGAGGUUGCACCUUCAGAAGAACUGUCCACAGAGAAGGAUGAUCAUACAGCCACAGAGGACACACUUGUAGAGGCUGAAUCUGAUGUUGUCGAGGAGGCUCAGGAAUCUGAGGCUGAGGAAACACCUGAAGACACCACCUCUGAAAUCUAUGAAGAGGAGAUAACAGAGACUGCUGAAGAAGAUGCUCCGUCGCCAGUUGCAACUGAAGACACAGCAGGCGCCCCAGAAGAGGUCACACCUGAAGUCACUGAAGAAGAAGUCGUACCUGAAACAGCAGCAGUGGAAACAUCAGAAGAAGAACUACCAGAAGCUGAAGAGGCGGCGGCAGGUGAGGAUGAGGAUGCUGCCUCACACACACCUGAAGGUGCACCUAUUGAGGAGGCAGUCGUUGAAGACACAGGUGAGACUGCUGUAGACGAAGUAAUCCCAGACACGACUGAGGAGGAUUCACCUGAGGAUGCCACAGAAGAAAAUGCGACUGAGGUUGAUAACCCACCUGAGAUUGUGGUAACUGAUGAUGCACCUGAGACUGUUGCGGAGGAGGAUGGAUCUGACACUGUAGCAGAACCGGAAACCGAAGCUCCAGGAUCUGAAGAAGUUACAGUCCAAGAAGACAUAGAAGACAUUGCAGUGGAGGAGGAACCACCUCAAACUAUAGAGUCUGUGGAUAUCACUGAGGAACCCACUACAACAACAACAACUGAAGCACCUAUGGAAGAAAUCAUACCAGAGGAGGAAAAUAUGAUCACCAACGAAAUUGAUGACAUCGUGGCAAGGCCUAUCAGACCAAUGGGAGAGCACAUAGUGGAGCUCAGCGUCAAGCUAAAGGGGGAAUUUUAUGACGACGCCCUAAGGGACCCGUCCAGUUAUUUCUACCAGCGGCUGGCCGACCAGUUUACACAGAAGAUUGAGGAUGCAUUCGAGCGACUUCCUGGUUUCAGGAGUGUGUUUGUGCUCGAGUUCAGGCCACAGAAGGAUAUCCAAGGUGGACUUGGAGUGGUGGUCCACUAUGCAAUCACUCUAGAGGGUGAUAGAGCUGGACUGAGCAACGAAACCAUGGACUACAUCACCCUUCAGUCCAACUUUGUGGAGGACUCCUAUCAUGAGCCAGAUGAGAUACCCACGGUGGUCUACACAAUCACAGAUUUCCGCAACUACAUCACAGAGGCCCUGCACAAAGAGAACUUUAUUGGGAACACCACGCUGGACGUGGACCCGGAUUCUCUCCAACUAGAGAAUGUUGAGACUUUGCUGCCAGUCAGACCAACAGGCAGAGCCAUUGAUUCUAAUAACCUGGACGAUGUUCUUGCUGCUGAAAAACCCCCUGAGGUUCCUGGACAGGACAUCACUGGCAAUGACCUCUUUCUGAAAAAAGAGGACUUCCUGUUUGACCCUGUCCAUCCAUAUGACCCAUGGGUGGGCUCUCAGAGCGAUGUGGCCAGUGAAAAUGACGUCCUUAGCCUAGAAGAGUCGUUUACCCUGGCUCCAGCAUCUACAAAGGGAGAUGUUGCAGAUGAAUCCCUGGACUUUGGCUCGGGCUCUGGGUUUUCCGGGGAUGAGCAGGGUCCCGACGUCUGGCCGUGGGAGCCAGAAACGUCCCCGCUGGACGAAGAUGACUCAGAUGUGACUGAGAGCCUGGAAAAGCCGGAGGCUCCACAUGAACUAGAGCAGGAGGCAACACCAGAGCAAGAACCGGGAGAAGAUUCAGCCAUCGAGGAGCCGUUUUUGGAACACAGACUAGUGACUCAGGACAUCCGCACUCACCCACAGUACAUAACCACCGACCAGGCCCCCGUGCGCUGGACCAUGGAAACACUGAACGUGGAGCUUUCCAUGCAGACAGUGGAAGCUUCAGGGAUGUACGAUGACUACUAUCCAAGCGAGCCAACGGUUAUGUACUUCUCAGUCACCGACGUACCUCUCCCCGAGGAACCUCCUACAUCUGAGGUAGUGCUCAUUGAACAGUCUCCAGAGGUUGCAGUAACAGAGCCUAGCCACAAUAUGGAAGCCUUGGAGGUCACCCCCCAGGACACCUCCGCUAUUGUGUCUGAAGACCAAGAGGCUACUGAAGAUGUUAGAGAUGUUGAUGCCGAGUUACCUGCUGCUGUAAGUGUCGAAGAAGUUGUUGUGGAAGAGCAUGACUUUGACCCUGAUGAACAACCAGAGACUGGGGACCUGAUAGUUAUUGACGACAACAUUGCUGAGGAUGAUGGAGGUGUUGAGAUUCUGGAGGAGACAGGAAAGGACAUCGAGCUCCCAACCUCUGAAAGUUCCCCUGGUGACAUCUCGAACGAAGACCUCACAGAGGACGAGAUGAUUUCCGUGAGUGUGGCGACCGCGCUCCCAGCGCCCACCACAACCACCCAGUCCACCCCACUCUCUCCAGAGAAGGAGUCUCCUUUCACCCGUAUAUCCGACACGAACCCUGAUGACGAAGAAACAUCGGCCAUCUUUCCAUCAACCACCGAGUUCCCUCUCAUUAUGGAGGAGGCCAGCGAUGAGACUCCACUGUAUGGCAUUGACACAGAGUCAUACAUCUACUUCGAUGAGACAGAGCCUUUAGAGGAGGAAGGUGAUGAUGACUCUUUGAUGAUGCUUUAUGAACCCACUUCAUCUGUCACUGUCAACAUUACACAUGAUGCCUCAGACCUCAUAUCCUUUGGCGACUCUGAAGAUGACAGUACCAUGGAGAUACCCACUCCAGAUGCGCAUACCAUGGAUGUCACUGAGAUGGCCAGCAUAGCCAUGCCAAUCAACCCAGGCAAAGCUCUGAUGGUGUUCUUCAGCCUGAGGGUGACCAACAUGAGGUUCUCGGAUGAUCUUUUCAACAAGAGCUCUGCUGAGUACAAGUCCCUCGAACAGAGGUUCCUUGAGCUGCUUGUUCCUUACCUGCAAUCCAACCUGAGCAACUUUGAGAACCUAGAGAUCCUUAACUUCAGGAAUGGCAGUGUUGUGGUGAACAGCAGGAUGAAAUUUGGCAAACCAGUCCGAAAUGAAGUCACCACGGUUGUCUACCUCAUCCUGGAGGAUUUCUGCAACACAGCAUAUCAAACCAUGAAUUUAGCUAUUGACAAAUAUUCUCUGGAUGUAGAAUCAGGUGAAAAGGCAGACCCAUGCAAAUUCCAGGCAUGUAACGAGUACUCCAGGUGUGCGGUGAACCGGUGGUCCGGCGAGGCGGAGUGCGUGUGUGACCCUGGCUACUUCAGUGUGGACAGCCUGCCGUGCCAGAGCAUCUGUGACCUUCAGGAGGACUUUUGCCAGAACGAUGGGAAGUGUGACAUCAUCCCCGGCAAGGGGGCCAUCUGCAGGUGUCGUGUGGGUGAGAACUGGUGGUAUCGCGGAGAGCGCUGUGAGGAGUAUGUGUCUGAGCCGAUGGUGGUUGGCAUCGCCAUCGCCUCAGUGGCCGGCUUCCUGUUGGUGGCAUCGGGCGUGAUAUUCUUCCUGGCCAGGACACUGCGGGACGACUAUGACAAGGAUGACUCAGAGGACCCUCUAAGACAUGGCGAAAGCGAGCCGUCCCUGGAGAGGGCCACCAAAUACAACCCCAUGUUCGAAAGCGACAUUGCUGUCGGGUACAACCAGUACUACAGGCGUUACCCAGACAUGCCAGGCUACAGCAAUGUGAGUACAGACGCCUCCAAUGAGUUUUGCAGUGAGGAGAUCAAACAAAUCUACGAGAACAGCCAACUCUCCAAAGAGGAAAUUGAGGAGCGCAUACGGGUAAUUGAGCUGUACACCAAGGACCAGCAGUUUGCAGACUUUAUGCGGCAACACCAAGUGAUCUUGGACAAUCGGAGAGACAGCACGUCCUCAAUAUAGAACUGUGGGGAGCAGAACCCAACUGCUUAGAACCACAAGAACCCUGCCUUUGUCUUUGAAACAAAAAGAGAGAUGUCCUGUGUUGCCAUGGUGUUCCUUAUAGCCUUGGAGGAAGACUGGAGAUAUGGGAAAGGAUGUUUCAGAGGCCAGUUUCUGGUCUCUUCUCUGUGAUGGUGAAAGUGCUUACCAGUGGCUGGACAUGAAAGACUUUGUCUUUUCUUUUUCUUGUGGGAUAUGAACUACUUCUUUUUUGAAUGUUUGAUCUGCGUGUGAUUGAAGCAUUUCUUUUUUGUCUUUCUUUUUUUUCCAUUUCCUCCUUGUUGGAUCCAGCCAAUACGUUUCUUAAAAAAACAUAACCAAAAAAAACUUGCAGCAGACUUUUUCAGACAAACAGUCAACCAACCAUCAACCAAACCAUAUGGUGAAGUGAAACAUUAAGUCAAAAGUCAAUGCUCUUAGUCAAGCCUUUAGCUGUACUGUAAAACUACAUGGUAGGAUGGUCUGUACCACUUUUUCACGGUCUUGUUUUUUUCUUACUCAUCCUCAGUCAUCGGUGCCUUCAUUUGGUUCCCUGGUCUUACUUAUUGUGUGUGGUUGGGGCACUGCUGUGUCUUGAAAUAAGGGAUAGCCUAGCCUAGUCUAGCCUAAUUUGGAAAGUCUCACUGGAAUUCCAAUAUUCUGGAGAAUUCACUGGACGCAGGAUUUAAAAUUCAACAGUGCUUGUGGCAUGGUUCUGACCUAGGAAGCUCUGCUUCUGCAUGGAGUUGAAAUGGACUCUGUAAAUAAUCCUUUGAAUAUGUAUAACCUGCAUCAUGUUGUUGUCCCUCUCGGAACCUUUGGUUUUGGAGGCUGGUGACACAUGUUGGGAGACUGAAAAUGAUGGCUCUAGUUCUCCAGGUAGAGAACCUUGUUGGUUUAAGGAGGGAGGUUGGCACGUUACCGUUCUCUAACCCUCUGCCUCUACUACAUGGGUAAUGGGACAAUGGUGGAAUGGGGGGGAUUUUAAAAUAGAAUUUAGAAAGACAGGUAAUACAGCAAAAUUUGAAUGGCAUGUGUUGUUGAUGAUUUUUGGUGCUUGGUAGUCAUGGCUGGGGCAUCUUCUGCUAAAAAGCUAUCAGAAAUAUUUAUAUGGCCAUGUUUAGUUUUAAAAAAAUAUAUAAGAUGUUACUGUUAACAUCAUUACAAAAAUAUGGGUCUGUCAGGUUUUUGGAUUUAAAUUCACCCCAAUCGAUUUAAAGUUUAAUUUGUUAUGCCAUUUGAAUUGAUUUUCUCCAGCAGAUGGGAUUCAUUUUUACCACUAUAUCACCUACAAAACAAUGUUAAUAGUAUGUGAGAUUUCUGUCACAUGUACUCAGAUACUGUACUUUGAGGAAGUAUCUGCAACAUCCCCUUCUGUGAUCCAAAUGCUCCCUGGUGUUUUUCUUUAGUUUCAUACUCCAGGGCAUUUGCAGCCGCCCAUCCCUGUAACUGUUGAGGAAAAUCAACUGGACAUGACUUUAAAUGCAAUUGUCUGUGACUAUGCUUAUGGUGGAGUAGUAUGAGUAUUGUAGGCUGUGGGGCAAGAUGUCAUUGCAUACAACGGAGGUUGUUUGUUUUUGUAAUAAAUCCA